AUGGUGGUUAGACCUAGUCGUAUAGUGAAGUCUCAGCUAGUAUGGACAGCGAUACUAGGUUCAGCAGCAAUAGGGGCUGUCGGUGUUAUUAGGGCUAAUAGGAAUAAAGCAAGCAAGGACUGUGUGGAUAGAUCCACUCGCGAUGAAGAUGAUAUUGAAGGCCAUUCGGCGAGGAAGAAGCUGUCACGAAGUGAUCUGUGGAGGGUCAUAAUUAGGAUACUUGAUCUCAAGAAUGACAGGCAUGCUCAGAAGCUUUGUAUAUUCAUGUUGGGGAUAGCAUGCAUCUUUGCUCAAAUAGAUGUCCGGAAGGCUAGGUUACAAGGAGAACUUUUUAGAGCGGUCUUUGAGGGCCGCAAGGAUGUCUUUGGAUCACUCCUCAUCCGCAAUCUGGCCUUGGGUUUUGCCCUAUCCGUCGCGAGUAGUCUUGGUCGCCAUUGGCAUGCUAAAAUGGCUAUGUAUCUACAGGGCCUCUACUUCGACAGCCUAAACUACUAUCACCUUCAGGGGAAGGCUCAUGCUUAUGAUAGGAUAUGCACUGAUGUGACAUCACUCCAUAUCCCUUAUUGUGACUUCGACGAUAGGUUCCACUCCUCACGAGGGAUCUUGGGCUCGCAGCAUGUGACUUAG